AUGGCGAAAAUACUUGUUACUGGUGGUAAUGGUGUAUUAGGACAAGCAGUAUCGAAAUUAUUUCUCUCAAAUCACACAGAUUUUGUUAUUGCUAGUCGAAAUCAAAAAGCAAAAACUUAUAACAAUGAUAACGUGGUUUCUCCUACAAAUCUAAAAUGGACCUAUAUGGAUUUGUCAAAAAAAGAAGGAUUAAAUAAAUCUAUGAAUAAUGAUAUUGACACAAUAUUACAUCUUGCAAGUAUUCAUAUACAAAAAAUUGAUGGUCAGCCUGGUGAUAUAAUUUUAACAAAGAAUUUAUUAGAUUCAAUUCAGAAAAAGAAUAUUAAACACUUCGUAUUUAUUUCAAUUGUAGGAAUUGAUAAAAUUCCAUUUUCCUAUUACAAAGGCAAAUUAGAAUGUGAACGUUUAAUCAAAGAAAGUGGUAUUCCAUAUACCAUAUUAAGAGCUACUCAGUUUCAUGAUUUUGUAGAUUCUGUUGCAAGCAAAUUAUUGAAACUUCCAAUAGCUAUUGUUCCAAAAUCGUUCAAAGUACAGCCUAUUCAAGUAGAAGCAGUGGCUAUGGAAUUAGAUAAAAUUAUCAAAGAACCUCCAUUAAAUAGUACAUAUGAUAUUGGUGGUAAAAAAGUAUAUAAUGCAAAAGAAAUUAUGGAUUCAUUAUUAAAAAUACGUCAUGAAAACAAAUUGAUACUUAACAUGCCAGCAAUAGGUAAUGUUAUUAAGGGAUUCAUUAAAGGUUAUAAUACUUGUGACAAUAUCUCAUUAAAUUCGAAUACAUGGGAAGAAUAUUUAUCAAAGAAAUAUCGUAAAUAG